GUUUAGUUAAGCGCGGUUUGGCAUUCAGUAGAGACCACAUCACAUCACAUCGACGGUAGCUUUUUGUGUUGUUUUCGGUUGUCAUGUCGAGCAAGUACAGCAAAUUGUUGCGCGGCAUCUGCGAUCUGCUGCUGUGGGCAGCUUUGACCACCGCCAGCCUGCUGCUGAUGAAGCUGGUCAAGCCCUUCAAGCGUGGCUUCUUCUGCGGCGAUGAAUCACUCAGCUACCCCCUCAAAGAGAGCACCAUCGGCAGCUUGAUGCUCAUUGGCAUCACACUCACAGUACCCACGGCGGUGAUCGUUGUUGUCGAGCUGUUCAAGCAGCUGCCCCUUGGUCCGGGUGGUCGGGAGGCGGCCAAGCGAGAUGGAUACCGUCUGGGACAUCGCAUUGGGCAGCUCUACAAGCAGGCGGGAUACUAUCUCUUUGGCCUGGCCAUGCUGACGUUCAGCACGGUGCUGACCAAGCUCUGCAUUGGUCGAUUGCGUCCGCAUUUCUUUGCAGUCUGCCAGCCUAGGCUGGAGGAUGGUUCCUCCUGCUACGAUGCACAGAAUGCGGGACAUUACAUCACCAACUACAGCUGCAGCAAUCCGAACAUCUCGAUCUUCCAGUCACAGCAACUGAAUCAGAGCUUUCCCAGCGGACAUGCCAGCAUGAUCAUGUAUGCCAUGCUCUAUCUGGCCAUCUAUCUCCAGGCGGCGCUUAGCACUCGUAUCUCUAAGCUGUUGAAGCACCUGCUGCAGUUCCUCUUCGUCAUGUUUGGAUGGUAUGUCUCCCUCAGCCGCAUCACCGACUACUGGCAUCAUUGGUCCGAUGUCUUGGCUGGCGUCUUUCUUGGCGUGUUGUUUGCCUGGCUCACAAGUGUUUAUGUGGCGGAUUUGUUUGCCUUUAAGCGUUUCAAUCGCACUGGCUACUCGGCGAAUACGCUGAAGAAGGCGCAGGUGUCGCCCAAGAGUUCCACUAAAUCCCAGUCACAAGCGGCGGCAGCUGCAUCAGCGGCAGCAAAUGUUCCUCCCGCACUCCCCGCCUACACCUUUGGCACUCUUCCUUAUCUGGCAGCGCAUCCGGCGCAGGCGCAAUACGCUCAGACCUAUCACAACUAUGGCUAUGUGCCUUGAGCGGAGCGUUGGAGAUAUGUUCAGGAGUAUAGUCCAUAAUUAUAGAGUUGCCUGAGAACUCUCUCACAAAAUAAAAACUCUGUUUUCGUUUUCUUUAACUUUAGCUUAAAAUAAAUAUAUACGAUAUUAUGAUAUUAUACGAUGUUGUAGUGCUUAAAAGAAAGUUUAUUAAUAAUGAAUUUGUUAUUUGAUCGCCUCCCAACAAAAAAAAAUUAAUGCUUAAGCAUCAGUAGAAAGUGCCGCAUCGAUUGGCUUUAUCAAGUUGUGAAGAUGAUGUUGCAAAGAGAAUGGAAGAAUGAAGAAGAAUGGGGAGUUGGGAAAACAAGAGCUGAAAGCCGCUGAAAGUCAACAAAGUGGAACCGUUUUACAAUUUAACAAGAUGCAGUCAAAUUAUGCCUAAAUUAAACCAAAUUAAAUACACAUUUUAUUCAAUUAGAAAUGGAGAUUUAUUUAAAAAUAGGUUGGAAAUAUUUUGUAGAAAUAAGUUUGCUUUAACUUUCAAUUUAAAGCUUUUUAAAGGAUUGACAAUAUGAUUCAAAUAAAUAAAAUACUCAGUGCUGAAUUUAUGAGUCAGAGUUGCCAAUUUAACUACUUGAUAGCAAGAAGGGAAAAUCCCAAAUGCAAGUCAAUAAUGUGGAAAUAAUUUUGACGCACAACAACUCAGUUAAACUUCGAAAAUUACUUUAGCUGAUGAGAGCACAAUAUUUGUAUUUAACAAACAGAUCUUCAAAUACGUUAAUUUCUUAUGUCUUCACCAUAUUUUAUCCACAAUUAAAGGCACUCAGCGCACCGUUAUAGUUGUAAAAGUCGGUGAAACAUAUAUUUCCAAUUUAUCUGAGCUUGUAUCAAGUGUGUUAAAUACCAAAAACAAAUCCCAUGACUCAGAAACUCGAAAGCGAUUAUUUUGAGAACAAUUCCGCAAAAGCUUCCUGACAAGAAGAUGGCUUAACAAUAAAUUAUUUGAUUAUAAUCAAAGCGAACUCAAGGAAAUUCUUUUAAAUUUAAACUGAUACUUAAGCAUUUAUGUUAAAAGGGUCCACAA